UUCGUUCAGGGGAACAAAGGCUACCAGUGUGAUCUUCAUCCGUCCAAGACACAACCGAGACCUCCAUAUGGCCGCCCUGCACUUGUUGGUCGUCAUCAUCCUAGCAGCCGGUUCCCAGGCUGUGUCAAUCAACUGUGCGAGGAACUGUACAUCCAUCGUCCGACCAGUUUGUGGGUCAGACCGGGAAACCUAUAACAACCAGUGUCUGCUGGAGGUGGCCGGCUGUCAACUGGCAGAACAGAGCGCUGGCAGCCCCGGCGAUCAUCCUAUUGUUGCCCUCGGAGAUGGGUCAUGUUUAGGCCUCUGCCACGAGUGGUAUCACUGCACUGACGAGUACGACCCUGUGUGUGCUAACAAUGGACUGACUUACUACAACCAGUGCUACAUGGAAGCAGCUGACUGCACUCUUGGACUUAUGAACCCAUUCGCGCCCUACAUCCUUCUGGCGCACACCGGCAGCUGCACCUCCCAACCAGGUAACUACUGUCUAUGUGCUUUUUAAGGGACCAAUUUGGUACUAUGAUGAAAACUUUCACAUCUUUAAUUCAUUUUCGCAACGUCAUGCAUUUUAGCUUCAACAUAUGUAGGCCAUCUACAACCCGUCUGGAUCCAUUCUAGU